CCAGCUGAAAAAAAGAACACAGCCGUAGGUUCGCCUGAUCUUGUUGGGAUAGCUAGCUGGGGUCGACCAGUUGAUUCUGCAUAAAUGGGGCCAUGGAAUCUGCCGCAGGGCUUUCCAUUAGGCGCGCCAUGGAACAAACUGCGCCUCGUGGCGAUCGCAUGGCUGUGAACUACGCAGCCCUCGCCUGUCCUCAGUUGCGCGUCAAAUCUCUCCUCCCCAUCCAUCAAUCCGCCCGUUACCAUCAUGUCGCUGAGGCCAAAGGCCCGUGCUCUCCUUGCCGCGGGAGGUGAUGUGGCAGUCCCAGUUUUCACCGCCGUUCGUGCUACGUCCAAUGUGCUCCCUCCCUUAUAUGCUGCCGCCGGGGGCGCAGUCUUUAUCAUCGAGGAGGUCAAAAAGUCCAAUGAGAAUAAGGAAGAAUGGGAGUGUUUUGGAAAUUAUAUCGCUAACGCCGUAGCCAGGGUAGCAGCAGCCAUGGAUUCAUAUGAUGCGUCCAGCGAAGAGGUCAAGCCAUGGGUGGAAAACAUCACGAAACUGGACAAGUAA